GCGGCCUUAUCUCUUUCUACGUCUGUCAACACGAUUUCGAUUCCAUGUUUCGUCCAAUACUAUAUGUAGAUGAUCGCAUAUAGUGAUGAUAUCAUACAGUUCCGUUCGUAUUGCGAUCGACGAAGGAAGGAGAAAUAAGUUUGUCGUCACACACAAGUUACGUACGAAACGCGAUUCAAGUCGAGGAGCGUAAAAUAUUUUUUUUUGAAGAGCGCACAUUUAAGAAAAAGUAAGCUUCAGCAUUCAUUAUGGAAGCACACGCACGUGCCCCAGAUCCUUUAGUAAAAACUAACGACAUGGCCAGUAAUUGGCACAGUUGGAGAGAAGAUUUUAUCGUAUUUAUGAAAAUAACUGGAUAUAUCAAUAAACCAAACGAAAUUCGUGCAAACCUCUUGAAAAAUCGGAUUGGAAAAAUUGGUAUUGAUGCAAUACAAACUAUGACUUUUGACAAACCAGAGGAUAAAGAUGACAUGGAUAUAUUGAUUGAGAAAUUAGAAGAAUUCUUUAAUCCACCAAAAAAUGAGGUGGUUGAGCGAUUUCAAUUCUUUACAAGAGACAAAAAACAAAAUGAAACCAUUGAGCAAUAUAUAAGCAUCUUGAAAGAAAAAGCCAAAACUUGUAAUUUUAAUGAACUGACGGAUAGUAUUAUACGAGAUAAAAUUAUUCUUAUUACUCAAGAUAAAAUACUUCGUAAACAAUUUUUUGAAACAAAAAAUUUAGAUUUGCAGAAACUGAUAGCGAUUUAUAAUGACUAUAAUAUCAAUAUAGAGAAAAUGAAACAAUUCACUAAAGAAAAUAUCAAUACGGAGAAAAUAAAACAACCCACUAAAGAAAAUAUCAAUAUGGAGAAAAUAAAACAACCCACUAAAGAAAAUAUCAAUAUGGAGAAGAUAAAACAAGUUACUAAAGAAAGUACAGAAUUUACAAGCUUCACACCGAAAUCGCCGAAUAAUGAUACAAAGAAAAAAUGUUGGAAAUGUAAUUGUGAACAUCCACAAGAAAAGUGUCCCGCUUUAGGAUCAAAGUGUACAAAAUGUGGUGAUAUGAACCAUUUUACUCAAUGUUGCAAACGUCCCAAACCUGAUCCUAAGCUAAAUGAGAAUAAGAUAAAUAAUUUAUUAAAUCCAACGGAUCAAGCAAAUGUGAAUCCAGCACAAGCUAAUGUUUCAAAGAAGAAAAAAAACAGGAAGACGAAGAACAAUCUGGCAAAUUCUGAUACUCAAAAUAUGGAUCUCAUGAAUAACAUGACUAGUUUUCCGGAUAUUCCAACAGUACCUCGUGAUGCUGCAAAUUCAACUUUUAACAAUGAUAAAUUUGAUUUCGUAAUGCUAGAUGAAUGUAAACCGGGUCCAAGUUUACCUUCUAAUAAUAUCACAAAUCGACCAGCAUAUCUUAAUCAUACACAAUAUAAUAAUGCAUAUGUGAGAAGAGCCAAACCAACGGGAACAGCACAUCUAUUUGAUAUUAUUCCAACAACAGAUGUUGUACAAAGAGAAUUAACUAAAAUAAAGGAAGGGAUGAAAUCGGAAUAUAAACAAUUGGAUCAAAAGAAAAUAGAUGUAGUAGUAAAAGAAAUCGAAUCGGAUUUUACAAGGGAUUUACAGGGAUUUACAGGAAAUCGAAAGAAAUUAGAUAAAGAUCCUUGUAGUAACAACAAAAAGAACUAUAAGGCAAAUUCUGCGACUAAAGACAUGAAUCCAAUGAACGAAACGAUUAGUUUUCCAGAUAUUCCGACAGUAUCUUGUGAUACUACAAAUUCAACUUUCAGCAAUAAUAGAAAAUUUAAUUUUUUCCGAAUAAUAAAAGAACGUAAACCAGAUUUAUAUUUCGAUGAAGUCGUAAUUCAAUCGACAUAUUUUGGUAACAAUACACAACGUAAUAAUGCAUAUGUGAGAAGAGGCCCGAGAGAGAACCAGAGAAAGAAACCAAUAGAAAUGACACCGUAUAAUCCACCGAAGCAUAUUAUGGAUGCUGUACUUGCAAAACAUAAAGAAAUCACGCUAUUAAGUUCAUUGAUGAAAAAAAUGGAAUAAAUCAAGAUCCUUGUGUAUUGUCUUAAUUUAAAUUUUAAUUCAAUAUUUUAUAGAUACAUUUUGUAAAAUUGUAAUAAUAGUAAGAAUUUGUGUUGCAAUA